AUGGGAGUAGGAGACUCAGAGGCUGUGCUUGGGGUGGAGGUGGGAGAUCAUGAUAGAGGAAGGAAGAAUAUUACCUUAGAUGUGAAUUAAACAGGAACUGUGACCGGUGAAGAAUUCAGAAAUUUGAUGAUUAAUAUCCCAGUCCCCACUCUGAAGAAAGGGAAAAAUAUCCAGAAACGUCUGGCUGGUGAUGUGCCCAAAUUUAUAAACUGGAGAAAGAAAGGCUAUGUCACCCCUGUGCGGAGACAGGGUAGGUGUCCUGCUUGUUGGGCUUUUUCUGUGGUUGGUGCCAUAGAAGGACAGAUGUUCCGGAAAACCGGCAAACUGAUUCCUCUGAGUGUCCAGAACCUAGUGGACUGUUCUAGACCUCAAGGUAACAGGGGCUGUUUUGGAGGCAAUACAUUCCUUGCACUGCAGUAUGUGAAAGAAAACGGAGGUCUGGAGUCCGAGGCAACCUAUCCAUAUGAAGAAAAGGAAGGGCCCUGCAGAUACAGUCUGGAAAAUUCUACUGCUAGUAUCACAGGCCUUGUGUUAGUACCAAAGAGUGAGAAGACCCUAAUGAAUCUCGUGGCAACUAUAGGACCCAUUUCUGUUGCAGUCGAUGCAAGACAUGAUUCUUUCCAGUUCUACAAAGGAGGCAUUUAUCAUGAGCCAAACUGCAAUAGUUCUAUUGUCACCCAUGCUAUGCUGCUGGUCGGCUACGGCUUUGAAGGAAGAGAGGCAGAUGGCAGGAAAUACUGGCUGGUCAAGAACAGCAUGGGUAAAAAGUGGGGCAUUAGAGGCUACAUGAAGAUCGCCAAAGACCAGAGAAACCACUGUGGAAUUGCUACAUAUGCCAUGUACCCUACAGUGUGA